AUGGCAUCUCCAGACCAACUCCAAAAUGUCCGUCCCAUGUUUGAGCUCCGCAACCGCAGCUACAUUGUCACGGGAGGCGCCCAAGGCAUCGGCUUCGCCUGCACCCGCGCCAUUUGCGAAAUGGGCGGCAACGUGGCCGUCUUCGACAUUCAGCCAGAACCAGUCGCCGAGUUCUCGACGCUGAGCCAACGAUUCGGCGUCAAGACGACAUAUAUCCAAAUGGACGUCACCAACGAGGACAGCAUCAAAACAGCAUUCGACAAGGCCCUCGACAGUCUGGGAACGAUUGACGGAUGCGUCCCCGCCGCCGGAAUUGCCAUUGAUAAACCGUUCCUAGACCAAACCUGGGACGAGUUUACCAGAAUCCAAGACAUUAAUGUGAGAGGCAGCUUCUUCGUCGCCCAACUGACCGCCCGGCAAAUCGUCAAGCAAGGCACAGAGGGCGCCAUGGUCCUGAUUGCUUCGCAGUCGGCGCACAUUGCCCUGCCGGGCUACCGCAUGGCCGCGUACAAUGCGUCCAAGGGCGCCGUUCUGAUGCUUUCCAAGGCGCUGGCCGUGGAGCUCGCCCCCCACGGCAUCAGGGUCAACACCAUCAGCCCGGGCUUCGUCGACUCGGACAUGACGCGGACGGUGAGGGAGGGCAAGCGCAGCGCGAGGGAGGGCGAGCAGAUGUGGCUGGCGCCCCCGAACCAGAGGCUCAGCACGCAGAAUGAUUUGACGGGGGCGGUGGUGUAUCUCUUGAGCGAUGCGGCGAGGCAUACGACGGCGGCGGAUAUUCAGAUUACGGGGGGACUGCAUGCGGGUACUAUUGACGGGUUGAUUAGCUAUGAGAAGUAG